CCCGUGAGCUAAUUGUGCUUAUUUACGGUUGUUGUCACGCUAUGGAUUCCCGUUUGGUUUGAAUACGCUGUGGACUUGUUGUGGGUUAGGAGUAGUUCUGAAGACGGGGAAAGGUGUUGCGGGAAGGGAGAGAGAGAGAGAGAGAGAGAGAGAUGGGGCAGGGUCAGUCCGGAGGAUUGCCCAAGCCGGGGCCCGGCGGAGACCGCAACAAGGGCGAUGGCGCGAAGAAGGAGAAGAAGUACGAGCCCGCGGCUCCACCUACUCGCGUUGGGCGCAAGCAGCGCAAGCAGAAGGGCUCCGAGGCUGCGGCGCGAUUGCCUGUGGUGACGCCUGCAACUAAGUGUAAGCUGCGGUUGCUGAAGCUGGAACGCGUGAAAGACUAUCUGUUGAUGGAAGAAGAGUUUGUGACCAAUCAGGAGCGGUUGAAGCCGCAGGAAGAUAAGAACGAAGAGGAUCGGUCUAAGGUCGAUGACCUACGGGGGUCGCCGAUGAGUGUAGGCAACUUGGAAGAAAUUAUUGAUGAGAACCAUGCGAUUGUGUCGUCGUCCGUGGGUCCUGAGUAUUAUGUGAAUAUUUUGUCGUUCGUAGACAAGGAUCAGCUGGAGCCUGGCUGCGCAAUCCUCAUGCACAACAAGGUCCUUUCAGUGGUUGGGUUGCUGCAAGAUGACGUGGACCCUAUGGUGUCAGUGAUGAAAGUUGAAAAAGCUCCUCUAGAGUCAUAUGCCGAUAUCGGUGGACUAGAUCCUCAGAUUCAAGAAAUUAAGGAAGCAGUGGAGCUACCCUUAACGCAUCCAGAGCUUUACGAGGAUAUUGGUAUCAAGCCUCCCAAGGGGGUUAUUUUAUAUGGUGAACCGGGAACUGGAAAGACGCUUCUUGCCAAGGCUGUUGCAAAUUCAACUUCUGCCACGUUUCUUCGCGUUGUAGGAAGUGAGCUAAUUCAGAAGUAUCUGGGGGAUGGACCUAAGUUGGUGCGAGAGUUAUUUCGGGUCGCGGAUGAAUUAUCUCCUUCCAUUGUCUUUAUUGACGAAAUUGAUGCAGUGGGUACAAAGAGAUAUGAUGCUCAUUCAGGUGGGGAAAGAGAGAUUCAGAGGACUAUGUUGGAGUUGCUGAAUCAGUUGGAUGGAUUUGAUUCUCGUGGAGAUGUGAAGGUUAUUUUGGCUACCAAUCGUAUUGAAAGCUUGGACCCGGCGUUGCUCCGACCUGGUAGAAUUGAUCGUAAGAUAGAAUUCCCAUUGCCAGAUAUCAAAACCAAGAGGCGAAUUUUCCAGAUUCAUACUUCUAGAAUGACUAUGGCUGAUGAUGUAAACCUGGAGGAAUUCGUAAUGACCAAGGAUGAAUUUUCUGGUGCUGACAUUAAAGCCAUUUGCACGGAGGCUGGUCUUCUUGCGUUGCGUGAGCGCCGGAUGAAGGUGACUCAAGUUGAUUUCAAGAAGGCCAAAGAGAAGGUAAUGUAUAAGAAGAAGGAAGGUGUACCUGAGGGAUUAUACAUGUAGAUUAUUCAGUGCAGGUGGUAAUCUUUCCUGUAUAUUCUCCUUACAUGUUUUUUUCGAUUGAAUCGAGUUCGAUCAUUGAUAUCAUUACUAUGCUCAAUUUUUUA